AUGGCUUUUUAUUUAAGCUUUUAAAGAAAUUGUAAAAAUAUUGUUGAUUUAAUAAAACUUUUGUUAAUAAUUAUCUUUGUAGCACAUGUUUUUGCUUGUCUAUGGCAUGGAUUAGGUCUUUAUUAAAUUAAGUACUUAAAUAAAUAAAAUAAUACAUGGCUCCAUAAUAAAAACUUAACUUAAUCUUCAAUCUAAGAUAGAUAUAUUUACUCUUUUUAUUUCCUUGCGGCAACUAUGAUUACUGUAGGAUAUGGGGAUGUAACACCUUAGAAUUCUAUGGAAUGCACUUUUGUAGUUAUUACGAUGAUUUUUACAGGAAUGGUAUAUGCUUAUAGUUUAAAUUCUAUUGGAAAUAUUAUAUAAAAUAUUAAUAAAUCAAAUAUUAAUUUUAAAGAAGAUAUGGAAACAAUUCAUACUUUUAUGAGAGAUGAAAAUGUAAAUUCAGAACUAAGAGUUAGAAUUACGAAUUAUUUAUAAUAUUUAUAUAAGGAAACUAAUACUAUUAGAUAAGAAAAAGAAAAUUAAGUUUUAGAAAAAAUAUCAAAAAAUUUAAAAUAUGAUUUGAUUUAAGAAAUUUAAGGGAAAUAUUUAAAAUAAAUUCCUUAAAUUUAUUGCCUUUAAUCCCGAAGUGAAAUUAUUUAAAUUAUGGAAGAAAUUUUAUUUUCACCUGGUGAAAUUAUUUACGGGUAAGAUAGGUUGGAUGAUUGUUCGUUCUAUUAUUUAGUAAAGGGAGAAGUGAAGAUUUAUUAAUAAUAAAUAGAAUUUAAUAAGAAAUAAUUAUUAAAAGUUAUAUAAAAAAAGGAACAUUUUGGGAAUUUCUCAUUUAUAACUGGAAGAUCGAGAGAAAACACAGCCCAAGCUUCCGAUUUUUGUCGUGUUUAUAAAAUAAAUAGAACGAAGUUUAUUGAAAUAGUUAACAAAAAUGUUUAAGAUUGGGAAAUAUUUUAAAUGUAUAAAGAAUCACUUAUUUUUAAUAAUUAAUACAAAAAAUAUAUUUUUCCAUGUAUAGUAUGUAAUUAAGAAGGACAUUAACCAUAAAAUUGCUUUAAAAUACACUUUACAGUAUCGAAAAAUAUAGUAAUUAAUAAAAACUAGAUAUCAAAAGCUAUUUGUAAUAGAAGUUAAUAUGAAAGAAGAGAUUUUAAAUUUUAAACACUUUUUUAAAAAUAUGAGUGUUUUGAAGGAGCUGUGGAUAUUCUUUAAGAUGAAAAAUAUAUUUAAAUUUUGGAAAAUUUAGAAUAGUCAAUGAGUGAAAGUUAAUACUAAAGUUAUUUAUAGCAUCUAGAUUUUUUAGAUAAUGAAGAAAAUAAAAUUUUAUAAAUUUAAUUAGGUAAUUUAGGUAAUUAAUAAUUAUAAUAGAAUUAUAAAUAAGAUUUUUUAAAUGAGGAAUUUAAAUAGGAUAGUUUAAUAAAUGGGAGUUAAAUUUAAUAUGAUGAUGAUAUUAAAAAAUAAGAUACUAAUAAUCAAAACUUAGGAGUAGAUUCUUUAGAUUAUAAUAAGUCAUGUGAAUAUUAUAAUGAAAAAAUAAACUUAGAAGAUAAUGAGUAAGAGAAUAAAAAAGAAAAUACUAGUAUUGAAGAUAUAAAAAUAUAAUAAAAUACAGAUUAAAUAUAAAAAAACUUUUUUGAAUAUAAUAGAAAUUAAAUAAAUAAUAAAAAAUAGGUAUCAUUUAAUCCUGAAGCGAUAUUUAUCAAAAUGAGUUAAGUUGAUUUAAGUUUUGAAUAAGGAAGUUUAUAAAAAACAGAUAAUAAUGAUGAUUUUUAUUCAUAUUAAAAUUAUAUGAGUAGUGAUAGAAUAAAUAUUCAAUAACAGAAAAAUGAAAAAUUAGAAAAUGAUAAAAGUAAAAUAAAUAAUGAUAAUGUAAAUAAAAAAAUAUAAUAAUAAUAAUAAUAAUAAUAAUAAUAAUAAUAAUAGUAAUAAUAGUAAUAAUAAUAAUAUAUAUAAUUGUGA